CUGACCAGACAAACCAUACCAUAUCCCACCAGAGAGGUAAGUGGGAGCUGAGAGAAGAUGAGACCUGGGGAGGGGCUACUGCACAUGAUACAGGAGAAUGCAUGGGAGGGUCCCUUCCUCAGGCAGCAUAGGAGCUCUGAGACUCAGCAAGGGUGUCCUGGGAGGACUCGGGGAUGGGAGAGUACACAGAUUCAAACUCAUUCAGAACUGUAGAAGAUGAUGGAUGUGACCAAGAUCACUUUAGUCCUAGGGGACUAGACAAGGAAAAAGACAUGAGGCGGUAGGGUAUCUUUGUGUUCUCCCACUGACCAUGCUUUCUUUAGUGAUUCCUGAUUGCCUCCUCAAGUCAGACUCCUAUGCUGCCUCCCAUGGCCCUGCCCAGCGUAUCUUGGAUGCUGCUUUCCUGCCUCAUGCUCCUAUCUCAGGUUCAAGGUGUGGAACUCCAGAAGGAACUGCCCUCUGCGCGGAUCCGCUGUCCCAAAGGCUCCAAGGCCUAUGGCUCCCACUGCUAUGCCUUGUUUUUGUCACCAAAAUCCUGGAUGGAUGCAGAUGGCACCGAGCCCAAUGGAGAUGGAUGGGAGUGGAGUAGCAGUGAUGUGAUGAAUUACUUUGCAUGGGAGAGAAAUCCCUCCACUACCUCAAACCCCGGCCACUGUGCGGGCCUGUCGAGAAGCACAGCAUUUCUGAGGUGGAAAGAUUAUAACUGUGAUGUGAGGUUACCCUAUGUCUGCAAGUUCACUGACUAGGGCAGGAGGGAAGUCAGCAGCCUGUGUUUGGUGUGCAACUCAUCAUGGGCAUAAGACCAGUGUGAAGACUCACCCUGGAAGAGAAUAUUCACUUAAUUCCCUCAAACCUGACCACCUCACUCUUAUCUUCCUUCUGUUUCUUCCUCCCCACUCUCAUUUCAGUCUCUUCAUUUUGUCAUAUGGCCUAAGGCUUUAAAGAGCAAUAAUAAAAUUUUUAGUCUGCA